AUCACGUCAUGGCUGAGGCAAGCCUGGAAACAAAUGGCCCCCGAUCCUCCAUGCCGGCUGAGCUCCAUCACCCCUACUCAAUGUAUUCUCAGUGGAAACUCAAACUGUUUAGGGUGAGGUCCAUGGAGAAAGCCCCUCUGCCCGGAGAGACACAACCUGAGAAAGGAGGCUUGUUAGGGAUCUCACCUCCUGCAGCUCCAGAUAUAGAGUUAGAUAAUGGUGUGAGUCCAGGGAGUGUCAUGAAAUUGUGCUUAGGCGGAAAAAGCAAGGAAAACGUGGAAGGCUCAGGCCAGAGGGUGGAUAUGAAGUUACAGGAAAUGGACACCCAUAUGAACCACCUCAGGUGCUUGUGUCGUCUCUGUGGAAUGACUCUGAGGAAAGUCAAAGGACCAGUACAUGAAGUCCAUGGGGAUCUGGAUUCAGUCAGCAAAGGUGCUCUGCGUAAAAUGGGCUGCAAGUUUUCAAGCUGGUCAGAGGUGAUCCUCAAAGUCUUCAAAGUGGAUGUGACAGAGGACACAGAGUCUGCCCACCCUCUUUCUUUCUGCCAUCGCUGCUGGAUGGUCGCUAUUCGUGGAGGGGGUGUCUGCAGCUUAUCCAGAACGACAGUCCCAGAGUGGAGACCUCACUCUUCCCACUGCCACCUUUGCUUCCCCAGAAAACCAUCACUACAGCGGACCAGGAGGAAGAGGCGAAAAAUCAUCCCCAGGGCCCAGAGCCUUGCAAAAAGAACAAGGUGGGAUCAUGGAGACAUUAUUAACAUUGGUGAGAGAAGAGCUCUGAGACUGUUUGGGAAGUGUCAACAGGGUCCAGUGCUUAAGGGCUGGAGGAGACCCAGCAUCCAGAGAGAGAAAUGGGUGAAGAAUAUCACCCAUUGCCAGAACGAGCACCUCAGCACCAAGCUGAUCUCUGAGAACCUCCCUGCGGACUUCCUCUUUUCUUUCACCUGUGCAGUGUGUGAUCACCUGCUCUCUGAUCCCAUUCAGUCUCCCUGUGGGCACCUCUUCUGCCGGAGCUGUAUUGUAAAGUACAGCUACGUUCUGGGACCUCAUUGCCCAGCCUGCAACUCACCCUGUGCUCCCAAUGAUCUCAUAACGCCUGCCAAAUCCUUCCUAUCAGCCCUACUUUCUCUCCCUCUGCUCUGCCCUGACAGUGGCUGUGCGAAGCAAGUUAGCCUGGACUCAUUCAAAGCUCACCGUCUGAGCCAUGAAGUGAAUGAGCAGGAUGCAAACCAGCAGUCGUCAGAACUUGACAACUACCUGCUGACCAACAAAGGGGGGAGACCCCGUCAGCACUUGCUCUUGCUAACGCGUCGUGCCCAGAAGCAUCGGCUGAGGGAGCUGAAGAACCAAGUGAGAGUGUUCGCAGACAAAGAGGAAGGUGGAGACCUCAAGUCUGUGUGUCAGACUCUGUUCCUGCUUGCACUGAGAUCUGUGAAUGAACACCGCCAGGCUGAUGAGCUAGAGGCCACAAUGCAAGGCAGAGGCUUUGGGUUGCAUCCUGCUGUGUGCUUGGCCAUCCGGGUCAACACUUUUCUAAGCUGCAGCCAGUAUCAUAAGAUGUACAGGACGGUCAAAGCCACCAGCGGCCGCCAGGUCUUUCAGCCCUUGCAUACUCUGCGAGCCAUGGAAAAGGAGCUGCUCCCUGGGUUUCACCAGUUUGAAUGGCAACCAGCUCUCAAAAAUGUGUCUACUUCUUGCAAUGUGGGCAUUAUUAAUGGGCUCUCUGGAUGGGCCUCGUCUGUGGAUGACUCCCCGGCUGACACCAUCACUCGGCGGUUCCGCUAUGAUGUGGCACUGGUGUCAGCCUUAAAGGAUCUGGAGGAGGACAUCAUGGAGGGGCUGAGAGAGAGUGGGCUGGAAGAUAGUGCUUGUACUUCAGGCUUCAGUGUCAUGAUCAAGGAAUCCUGUGACGGCAUGGGCGAUGUCAGCGAGAAGCAUGGCGGAGGACCGGUUGUUCCUGAGAAGGCUGUGCGUUUUUCUUUCACGGUUAUGUCUGUCUCUGUAAGGGCAGACAAUAAGGAGAAAGACAUUACCAUUUUCACCGAGCCAAAGCCAAACUCAGAGCUGUCCUGUAAACCCCUCUGCCUGACAUUUGUGGAUGAGUCAGACCAUGAGACACUCACAGCAGUCCUAAGCCCUAUAGUUACAGAGCGUAAAGCGAUGAAGGAAAGCAGACUAAUCCUGUCCAUAGGUGGACUGCCUCGCUCCUUCCGCUUCCACUUCAGAGGCACGGGGUAUGAUGAGAAGAUGGUACGUGAGAUGGAGGGUCUGGAGGCUUCAGGGUCCACCUACAUCUGCACUCUAUGUGACUCCACUCGUGCAGAUGCCUCUAAAAAUAUGGUGCUGCACUCUGUCACCCGCAGUCACGACGAGAACCUAGAACGCUAUGAAAUUUGGCGAACCAACCCCUAUUCUGAGUCUGUGGACGAGCUGAGAGAAAGAGUAAAAGGAGUCUCUGCCAAGCCCUUCAUGGAGACUCAUCCAACCAUUGAUGCUCUACAUUGUGACAUUGGUAAUGCCACUGAGUUCUAUAAAAUCUUCCAGGACGAGAUCGGAGAGGUGUACCAAAAGGUCAACCCUAGCCGUGAGGAACGUCGCAGCUGGAGGGCAGCCUUAGACAAGCAGCUGAGGAAGAAGAUGAAGGUCAAACCGGUGAUGAGGAUGAAUGGCAACUAUGCCCGCAAGCUGAUGACCAUGGAGGCUGUGGAGGUGGUGUGUGAGUUGGUGCCCUCGGAGGAGAGGAGGGAGGCACUGAGGGAGCUCAUGAGACUGUACAUCCAGAUGAAGCCUGUUUGGCGUGCCACCUGCCCAGCCAAGGAGUGCCCUGAUCAGCUGUGCCGCUACAGCUUCAACUCCCAGCGCUUCGCAGACCUCCUCUCCACCACCUUCAAGUACAGGUACAACGGAAAGAUAACCAAUUAUCUGCACAAGACCCUGGCCCAUGUGCCUGAAAUCAUAGAGAGAGAUGGAUCCAUUGGGGCCUGGGCCAGCGAGGGGAAUGAAUCAGCCAACAAACUUUUCAGGCGCUUCCGGAAGAUGAAUGCACGUCAGUCAAAGGCCUUUGAACUGGAGGAUGUGCUGAAACAUCACUGGCUCUACACCUCAAAGUACCUGCAGAAGUUUAUGGAAGCCCACAAAGACUCUUCCAAAGCUUUUCAAGCUACCAUUGACCCGGUGGAGAGCCAAGACAAUGAGUACAUGUCGCUGGAAAUGACUGAUUUUUAA